AUGGUCAAACUAAAGGCAACUGUUUAUCCUUGGGAAACCAGCACUCUAUUCGAUCCUCCUUCCAUUGGAACGGAUCGAAUCUACUUUAAAGUUUUUAACAAUGGCAAGUUUUAUGAAGCCUCAGUUCGUUUACGAGAUUUAUUGGAUGGUGAAUCAAAGUAUCUUGAUUUGAAAUGUGAGGGUUGGCAGAUGGGUACUUUGAAAGUCAAGUUGAUAAAUGAAUAUUCAUAUCAAUGUUUCAUUCCUCCACCACCUCCAAUGUGUCCAUUUCCACAACCUGUGAAUGGAUAUGGUUAUUGUCAACCAAGUAGUAAUGCUCAACAACUUGUCAUAUAUCCACCACCACCACCACUACAACAGCAACAACCAAUGUAUUCUCAACAAGGUCAAUUACCAAAUCCAAUGUGGUAUCCACAAAAUCAAAUGUUCAAUCCAAUAUAUCAACAACCAUCUCAAUCUUGUUAUGGAUACAAUCAACCAUUCUACUACUAA